AUGAUUCCCUCCCCUAGGAAGCAAGUUCGCCCACACACCGAGGCGGAUUACGCCUGGUCGCGACCCUUUGGCCUAGUCGAAAGGCCCGGGAUGUACCCCAACGAGUCGGAAGCCUGGGUUUACUGCGAUUCAUUCUCCUACGAGGAAGGGGAAACAGUUUCACUCAUGACGCACACUACGGCUGAGACCUACGAUAUCGAGGUUAUCCGUGACGGAUACCAACCCAAAACCAUGUACCUGCAGACCGACAUCCCAGGCCGCAAAUGCGAUACCCCCACGGACGCCUACGCAACUGGCUGCGGCUGGCCCGAGGCCCUCCAAAUUCAUCUCGAAGAGGGUAAAUGGGGUUCGGCGUUCUAUCUCGUCAUCAUCCGGAUCAAGGAGUUUCAUGGCAGAAUUUAUGAACGUGAGGGGUUCUUCAUCGUGAAGGAUAAAUGCCGAAAUACUACCACUGUGAGCACGGCAGACUUUGUCCUUAUCCACGCCACCUCUACAUUGCUCGCCUAUAAUGACUGGGGUGGUGCGAACCACUAUCGCGGCAUCCAGGACGGGUACCAAAACGACGAGCCUUCGCCCUUGUCCAGCACCCAGCGUCCAAUUGCGCGCGGGAUGCUUCGAAUACCACAGAACGCUCCGCGGGAAGCUAACGGGCCGAUGAAAAUACGCAAGGGCGAUACCCCUCGGUUCCCCAGUCUCGAAUAUGCCUGGUACUUCCGGUAUUCACGCCAUUAUGCUGAUGCUGGGUGGGCCACGUAUGAGCGGCCAUUUGUCGUUUGGGCUGAGAAGAAUGGAUACCGUGUACACCACCUGACGCAGUCAGAUCUCCACGUCGAGCCAGACUGUCUGGUUGGAUACAAGGUUGCUGUUUGUGUUGGCCAUGACGAAUAUUGGUCCUGGGAGCAGCGUGAUACAAUAGACAAUUUUGUGAGUAAUGGGGGCCACCUGGCUCGCUUUGGAGGCAACUACAUCUGGCAAGUCCGGUUUGAUGAAGCACUGCAUACACAAUAUUGCUAUCGCGUGCCCCAGGCCGACCCAGAGACCGAACGGCACCCAACCCGUGUCACGACAAUGUGGGACAGCCCUAUGAUCGGUAGACCAGGGGCGCAAACUGUGGGGCUCACAGGGACCAUGGGGUGCUAUACACGCUAUGGCAUGGCUUCGCCUCGGUCUUCUGGCGGAUUUCAGGUAUAUCGCCCGGAUCAUUGGGCUUUGAAGGGUACAGAGCUGCGCUAUGGAGAUAGUUUCGGCACCGACCCGAUCAAUAUUGCAGCCUUUGAAGUUGAUGGCGUGGAUUAUUGUUUUAAGAAAGGAUUGCCUUAUCCAAAUGGGUUUGAUGGUGCGCCUAUGAAUCUGGAGAUCAUCGCCAUGUGUCCGGCGGUGUUUGGUGAGCGCGAUAUCUCUGGUGGUAGAGAGCCUAUAGGCGGUCCAUUCCGUGAGGUGUACGUCCACAUUGACCCAUACAGAAGCACAAUCUCAAUCCAGUGGCUAACCAGUCCCAGUGAUGAAGUCAUCAAGCUAGCGCACGAAGGGUAUGAGCUGCCGGAGUACCUGCAGGAACGGGAAUAUGGGUCUGGCAUGGUGGCGAGUUUUACCAAGGAGAAAGGUCAAGUGUUUUGCGCGGGGACCUGCGAAUGGGUGGCUGGCCUCAUUCAUCGAGACGAGUUCACUGAGUUGAUUACAAAGAACGUGCUGGACAGGUUCAUGGGUAAGCAAGAUUAG